GUGGGGGCUGCCGCAGGACGUGGGGCGCAGCCCGGAAGGCCAGCAGGGCGCAGCCGCUGCAGAGCGAUCUCAGUGUUGGCAGACUCUGUUCAGGCCGUAAGUGUCACCUGAUGGAGACCUGCACGCCGGGAGAGGAAUACACACCGCCCUCCCAAAUCUGACCUGUGA